AACAAAGUCAGCUGAUGUGUCAAACAUUCCGUUUGCAGGAAAAAAAAACAAUUGUGUCGGACAUUGAUUUCAUCAAUUUCUUCGCAAAUACAUAAAAAUUAUGAAUUUUGUGCAAAAUAAUAUAGAACAUUAUACCCCAACGAAGGAGCAACUAAAACCCUUUCAUCAAAUAAAGUGUUCGCAACCCAACUGCUCCAGCAUCUUUACCAAUCAAGCCAAUUAUGAAAUGCAUUUGGAAAAACAUCAUCGUUUAGCUCCAGCUGAGAAAUCGGAUUACACCCGACUAUUUUAUUGUCCAGAAGAGAAAUGUAUUUAUAAUUAUGUCACCACACAAAGUAAACAUUUUAAGAAUUUUAAAUAUUUACGGCAACAUUAUCAAAAAGUACAUUUGAGUAAGGAUUACAUUUGCGAGGAAUGCAAGAAGUCUUUUGCCACAGAAACACAACUGAAGAAACAUCAAAAGGAUCAAUGUGGUAAAAAGUUUAUAUGUAAUGAUUGUCAUUGGUCUUAUGACUCCAUGGAAGCUUUGCUAACCCAUGGCAAGCGUAAAGGCCAUAAUGUUAAGGAAAUAAUGGCACAAAAGAAAAAUCAAGGUAAAAUGGCUUUAAAACCAUUGAAGAAGGCGAACAAAGAGGAUCUGCCGACAUUAUUAACCAAACAGCAAGUGGCUAAAGAAAUACAAGUUGAUUUCUGUCCCAAACUGUUAUGUGCCACUAGUGUACAAACCGAUUAUCCACUUAUAACGGAAACAAAUAGCCAGCAAGAUAUUUCCAAUGCUCUAGAUGAAAUACAUUCUUUACUGAGAGACAUAGAAACCCAAACAGAACCCUUAUUGUCUUCCUCAUCAUCAUCGACUGAAAACCACAAUUAUUUGGAUCAAAUGUUAGCUCAAUCCUCUCAUAUGUAUACGCAAACUUGUGAUGAUUUUCUAACAGAAUUAGGCCUGGCUGACAUACAAACCCAAACAAAUUGGCCUUCUCCAGACGCACACAAUGAAACAUCCAAUGUACAAUUUACCUCGACAGCUACCUCCACCAAUCCCUGUAUACAUGAUGAAUUGCUUGUCUCCACCGAAACACAAACUAGUUUUACCCAAUGUCUGCUAAAUUCUUGCAACGAUGCUGGCACUAGUACUCCUCCAGUAUCCUUUGGCAGUCUUUAUCAUACCCAGCAUACACAGACAUGUGAUCCUUUAUUGGAAAGUUUUGAUUUUGGCGGCCAGGCAUCAGAUUUAAUUGAUGGUUUUCAGUCAACUUACACGCAGACAUGAUGGUACGAUUGGGAUUUUGAGGGAAGUUUGGAUAGAGGUGAAAGCGCUGGUGUUGGUGUAGAGAAAAAAUCCCAAGAAUCUGAUGAGAAAGUGUAAAAGGUAAUUGAAAAGAAAGAAAUCUAUUAUUACAAAUAAAUUUUUAAACUUAUAAAAUAUUUAAAAAUAUAUACAAAUAAUAUGCACCAAAAUCUAUAAACGAACAGUAAGAUUUAUACAAAAAGUUAGUUGUUUUAAUAGUUCGCUGAAGAAAAGUUCAACUGUUUUCUACAGAAAAUUUUCUUUCUAUAAUAAUUAUGCAUUAAAUUUAUAUAGUCAAUCA